AUGGAUCAACAAUACAUCGUUAGAGUUACAGAGUUAGCUUCUGGUGAUGUCCCAUUUAACUCUGUCGGGGCUGAUGGAGGCUUGAGGUACAAAGGGCGCUUAAUAGUACCUUCUGCUGAUGAUUUGAGGAAAAAUGUGAUGACGGAGGUUCACAAAUCUGAGUUCUCUAUCUAUCCAGGUGGAGAUAAGAUGUAUCAAGACAUGAAGCUACAGUUUUGGUGGGCAGAACAGUUGGCGAGGCUUUACAUUGCAGAGAUUAUGAAGCUGAAUGGCAUACCAAUGUUUAUUAUAUCAGACAGGGAUUCGAGCUUUGUAUCUGGAUUUUGGGGGAGUUUUCAGCAAGCUUUGGAUUAUUUGCCACUUGCAGAGUUCGCCUACAACAAUAGUUUUCAGAAGACUAUUGGUAUAGCACCGUUUGAGGCGUUAUAUAGCCGACCAUAUCGAUCUCUCGUUUGUUGGUUAGAGGUUGGUGAGAGCAGAUUUCAGGGUCUUGAAUUUAUCAAGGAUACCUCUAAGAAGAUUGCUCUUAUUCGUGAUUGCAUGUGCACUGCCUAG